AUGUACGAACCUCAUCGCCCAUUAGAACAACGUUCAAAGGGACAAGAGCGACAGAAGCAGAAGGGAAAAUGGUGGUCUCAUCCAAAUGAGCGGGAAGAACAGGAACGAAAACAGGCACGGCAGCCGGUCGAACAUACAGAUGAUGUAUACGAUGUCAUCGACGAGGAGACGGAGCGUUCAAACACCAACUACCCAAAGGCCAAAGCUAAGCCAAAAAUGCCUGGCGCCGCCGCAGAGGAAAAGCCGAGUCGUCAUUGGCCAAGAAUAUCAGUCACCAAUAUGAAAUCGACUGGAGAAUACUCUAAGCCAAGCACAGUGGAGGGUAAGGACAUGCGCGCGGAAGGCAAACAAUUCCUACGAAAGGUCAAGUCUGCUGUAAAUCUUUUUGGAGAAGAAACGGCUGCGAGCUCGGCUGAGACUGCCCCUGAAGUCCCUCGCAUUCCUACGUCAAGCAAAAACCCUCCAAAAUAUCUUUAG